GUUUAAUUCAACUAUUGACAACAUGUCUAAACGAAAUUACAGUCCAGCUUACAUAAAGUACGGAUUCAUAGCUAUUGAACACAACGGAGAAGUUUUGCCGCAAUGUGUAGUGUGCAUGAAAACGCUUGCUAAUUCGGCUAUGAAACCAAGCUUACUCCAACGACAUCUUGACACAAAUCAUCCCGACAAGAAGGAUCGAAAUGAGAGUUUCUUUCAGCGACUGGGCGAGCAAGUGAAACGACAGCGCUUCGACAACACUGGCACAAUUUAUCAGAGAAAGAAGUGUGCUGUCAAGGCAUCCUAUGAAGUCGCUCUCCUGAUAGCAAAAAAUCAGAAAGCACAUACCAUUGGAGAGCGCCUCAUUAUGCCAGCUGCAAAGAUGUUAGUAAAAAAUGUACUUGGUGAAGAGGCGGCUGCAAAGCUAAUAAGUGUUCCCCUCUCCAACAAUACGGUUAAGAAUAGAAUAGAAGAGAUGUCAGUCGUUAUACACAAGAAAAGGCUGUAA